UUGAAAAUGUAACGUAUUUUAUGGCAAUGCAAUGAUACAUUAGCCGGUGAAUUGUCAUAAGUAUUGAACUUGCGUGUAACAAAACCAAAUUUUUGCUCUUUUUUAUUAAAAAAAAAACAAUGUCAAAGGAUAUCAGAUGUUAUUUUACGAAAUCUCCCAGAGGACAAACCUCGAAAAAUGAUGCCAAACCAAGAAAUGUGAAAAAACGAGCAGUGAUAUCAUCCGAUGAGGAGGAUGAUAUAAAAAUUGCUGAUUGCAAAAAAAAUGAAAAAUCUAUCAAGAAGAUGUUAAUUAGGAAACAGAUUCUCUCCGAUUCAGAAGAUGACAGUGCUGUAACGAGUAAGAAAAAUUCUUCAUCAAGUAUUAAAAAGAUAGACAAGGAGGAGGAGCGUGAAAUAAAAAGAGUCGAUAUUAGUACUAUGCUUGGAAAAACUCCAGUGAAAAGAGUCAAUGUUCCUAAAAAAGAAUCACUCCCAGAUAAUGAGAAUAAGAAAAAGUCAGAUUUACAAUAUAAUGAUGAUGAUGAUGAAGAUGUGGAUUUUGAGGAAUCUUUGAAUAAAUUGGACAUUAAAGCAAUCGAAGCAAAUUAUUAUAAAGAAGGAAUCCAGGAAAAUAAUACAAGUGGCAAGAGGAAGAAGGAUCCUAAUAGUGAGGAUGAUGAUACAAGUACGAAAAAGCCCAAACUCCAAAAAAAUGCUGCUGAUGGUGGUGAUGAUCAUCUUAAAGAGGAGAAAGCUCAAAAUAGUAGAAUGAAAAAUGUUUCACCCAAAAUAAGCCCCAAUAAUGCAACCAAAAGUCAUGAGAGUAAUUCAUCCAAGAAACUCAAGUUUCAUAAUGUGAAGGCAGUAGGUUCGAAAAUAACUAGUACUUCAAAUAUUGAAAUAAAUCGUGAGGAGAAAAAAAUAAAGAAAAAGGCCGCCUCGGAAGAGGAAGAAGUGACUUUUUUGGAGGAACGAGCAAUGAAGAAGAAGCAAUCAUCAGUAUUGUAUCAAGCUUAUCUUGCAAGAGGUGGGGCAAGAAAUCCUGGCUCAAAACCAAUUCCAGAAGGAGCGCCAAAUUGUUUGGCAGGUUUGAGUUUCGUGCUUACUGGUGUGUUUGAAUCAUUGGAAAGAGAAGAAGCUAGUGAUUUAAUAAAAAAGUAUGGUGGACGUGUGACAGCGGGAAUUUCCAAGAAAAUUAAUUACAUCGUGGUGGGUGAAGAGGCCGGCCAAUCCAAACUAGCAAAAGCAAUAGCACUGAAAAUUAAACAAAUAUCAGAGGAUGAAUUACUCGAUCUAAUUCGUAAAAAACCUCCUGGUAAUUCUCGCGAUAUAAUUCACAACAAAGAAAGAAAGAAAGAUAAGUCACCAGAGUACAGUAAAGUUUCUCCAGAAAAAUGUCCCUCUUCACCCAAAUCCAAAAGUAUUUCACCCAAGCAACCUCAAGAAGAAUUGAAAAUAAUGGAAGAUUCAAAAUACUUUAGUAAUGCAGAGGCCCUUGUUGAAAAGUAUCGACCAACAACAAUGAAGCAAAUAAUAGGCCAACACGGAGAGAGUAGUAAUGCUAAAAAGUUGUACAAUUGGUUAUUAAAUUGGCAUAAGAAUCGUUCUAGCAAUGUUAAACAUACAAAACCAUCAUUAUACGCUAAAAAUGAUAACGGUGGUUAUUACAAGGCUUGCCUUUUGUCAGGGCCACCAGGUGUUGGAAAAACAACAAGUGUACAAGUUGUUUGCAAGGAAUUGGGCUUUGACUUAUUGGAAUUUAAUGCUUCAGAUACUCGAAGUAAAAAAUUAUUGAAAGACGAAGUAUCUGGAUUGCUUUCCAAUACAACGAUGAAGGGAUAUUUCACUGGUAAUGCCGAGGAGAAACCUAGCUGCAAGCACGUUCUUCUCAUGGACGAGGUCGAUGGAAUGGCGGGUAAUGAGGAUCGUGGUGGCCUUCAAGAAUUAAUUGCUCUGAUUAAAUCAACAGAUAUUCCAAUUGUAUGCAUUUGCAAUGACAGAAAUAAUCCAAAAAUGAGAACUUUGGCCAAUUAUGUUUUUGACUUGCGAUUUCAAAAGCCUAGAGUCGAGCAAAUAAGAGGUGCCAUGAAGUCUCUAUGUUGCAAAGAAAAUAUUAAAAUAUCAAAUGAGGAUUUAAAUCGACUGAUUGAAGCCACAAAUCAAGAUAUACGACAAGUGAUCAAUCAUCUUGCCAUGCUGAUUGGAGAUACAGAUAGUAUUAUUAAGGAAAAUCAAUCUGACAAAUCAUCCAAGUUGAAUAAAGAUCUUAAGCUCGGACCUUGGGAAGUGGUAAGAAAGGUUUUCAACGCUGAAGACCACAAGAGCAUGACAAUUCACGAUAAAAGUGAUCUUUUUUUUCACGAUUACAAUAUUGCUGGUCUAUUUGUUCAAGAAAACUACUUAUCUGUCAUUCCAAAAGCACCAAACAACCAACUAUUGGAUAUAGUAGCAGCAAGUGCAGACUCUUUGUCCCUAGGUGAUCAAGUGGAAAAAGCAAUUCGUUCACAAAUGGCUUGGUCUCUUUUACCCAUGCAGGCAUGCUAUUCUUCUGUUAUACCUGGUACUCUAAUGUCUGGCCGCAUUGCAAGUCAAAUUAAUUUUCCAACUUGGCUUGGCAAAAAUUCUAGGCGCAAUAAAUUUGACAGACUACUUCAAGAAAUUACAGCUCAUACGCGAUUAGUUACGGGUGCUAGUAAAGAAGCUAUCAAUAUGGAUUAUUUGAAAUCUCUGAGGAAUGCCAUUACCAUGCCACUAGUUGUUGAAGGCGCUGAGGGUGUUGAGCACUCAUUGGAAAUUAUGAAUCACUAUCAUCUAUUGAGAGAGGAUUUAGAUUCAAUAAUUGAGAUUUCUUUGUGGCCUGGAGAUCAUGAUCCUAUGCAGUCGAUUGAAUCUAAAGUUAAAGCUGCUUUUACACGGGCUUACAAUAAGCAUUCAGCACCAGUACCAUUUGUUGUUAAAGCAAUUGUAUCUAAGAAAAAAGGCCAAGCUACUCAGGACGACGGAUUUAUUGAUGAUGAUGAGGAUAAUGAUAAUGAUGAUGAUGCCAAUAUCAAUGAGGACUCUGAUGCAGAAAACAAUAGUCUCGAUGUUGAUAAAAUGAUCAAGGCUAAAAAACCAAUUACAAGUAAGGCCAUUGCGUCCACGAGCAAGAGUCAGAUGAAACCAGCGAGUAAACGAGGCCGAGGACGUGGAAAAUAAAGUAUGUAAAAUUUUACCCAACUUUACAGACAAAAGAGAUAUCAUCAAUAGUAAGUUGUUUCAUUUUGUCUUACAAUUGGUAAAAAUUUCCUUUGCUAUAUUAUAUUUAUCGAAAAGUUAUUAUAUUGAAUAAAAGUUGGAUUUUUUUUUCUUCGAAAUAAUAUUAUCUCGAUAGUUUUUCUAUGUACUGUAUCAUUGUAAACUUUUAGUCUAGUGUUUUGCUGUGCAAACUGAAAUGAGAAAGAAAAAAAUCAGUGAAUUACGUGGAAAUUAUAUUUCAAAUAAAUUAAUACAUGUCUUG